CAGGUCAGAUUUGAUGGAGUUCACUAACAAUAAGAUCAAUGAUACCCCAGGUCCGACCAUCUCGUGUUUUUAACAGUAUCUAGGACUACGUCAUCCAAUCUGUCAUCCCCUUUUUCCGUAUAUAUAUACAUAUAUAUAUUAGAGGGACGACGUUAAGGGAACUGAGCUGCUAUUUCCAAGAGUUCUAGUGAUUCGUGAAGCGGCUUUUUCGAUGUGUGGAAGUAUUCAUUGAUAUAUAACGUAGUGUGAUAAUGGAACUUGCUGGAUAUUCUAAAUAUUGAAACUCAAAGCAACUCUAAUAUUACGUUCGGUUAUCAUUUAUCAAUAAUUAGAGGAUUCGCUCUAUAAAUAUAUAGUAAAAAAAACAAACAAUGCCGCUUCUUGGGAAAAAGAUUUUUGUUUACGCCAAGCCACUGGUGAAUCGUAAAUCGGAGGAAGUAAUCUACAGCAUUGCCCAUACGAAAGAACAGUUCCGAUCGAAGCAGGAUUAUGAGAAGCGAGUGGCACUGUACAAGAACCGCAUCUGGACGUGUCAGUCAACUGGACACACCAACCUCACCCAUGAAGAAGCUUGGAAUUCGGAAAAGAAUGUUAAGAAAUCGGUCCAAUCGCAGUUUCAGACCUGCUAUGAGAAACCUGUCUUGGAGAUUGUACACCAUAGUGUUCUCUCUUUGGACAUAUUGGUUGACCAAGCCUGGCUCAAGCUACAACAAGUUCUUUCAAUCAAUGAAUGUGUUUCUCUGAAAGUCAAGACUUCUGGUAAAGUGGUGAAAGCCAAAGUUGUUAGGAUCGAUACAUGUGGUAUUGAGGCCAAUCCUACAAGUAAUUGCAGUUCUCCAUCAAGUGAUAAAGAAAAUACAGAUGAAAACAGUUCUAAUAAAGAUACUGGGCAAAAGAAGUGGGUGCCUCCCAAAUUAUUACCUUAUAAAUACAGCAUAAAGCUAAAUGAAGAAGAAAAAAUUAUUAACUGUGUACCAGCUGCUGAUUUAACUCGUGUUGACCGGCCACCUCCGAAAGAACUUCUUCGUUUGUUCAUCAGAACACAUGCUUUACGUGCUGGUGUAACGUCUUCCAGUCCUUGGGUUGUUGAUGAUGUCAUGAUUAAAAAACAUGGCAUACAGAAUAAACUUGCAGAUGUUUUCUUAUCUCCAAUGAAGAUACAAGAUCAUUCCUUAGAUGAAUGUGCAAAGAAACGCAAACUGUCCAGUAGUAAAUCUCAAAAUUCUUCAAAUGCCAAAAAAUCUAAACUUGAUAAAUCUAAACCUACGAAAACCUCCAAGAAAAAGAAGGAUGAAUCGGAAAGCAGUUCGAAGAAGAAAGCAAAGCAGGGUAAAUUAAAUACUAGUAGUAGCAGUAGCAACAGCAGCAGUACAACUAAAAGGAAACCCUCUAUAUCGAAGAACAGCAACAGCGGCAGUCCAAGCAAAAAAAGCAAAUUAGCAAAUGACGUGGAUUCUUCUGAUGAAGAUUCAGAUACUAGUGAAGAUUGUACUCUUGGAAAAUUAAAAAAAAAGCUUCCAUUGAGCAAAGAUGAUGAUGAUGUCCCCCUAAGUACGUUAAAAAUGCAGCGUACACCCACAAAGAGCAAAAAAACUGACAGCCGGCAAAGCACCCCUAAAAAGCCUAAGACUGUACAGAAAGAUCAAGGGAAAGGGAGUGCUAAGAAAUCGUCAUCAAAGAGCUCUGAAAAGAAGAAGUCUUCGAAAGAGUCUGACAAAAAGAAGAAAGUCUCCGGUGAGAAGGAUAAAAAGAAAAGUAGCAGUAGUAAUAGUAGUAGUAAGUCUAAGGAUAAAGAAACUCCGAAAAAGAACAAGAGUAUGAAACAAAUGACAUUGCUGGAAAUGUCAACCAAGAAAGGACCAAAGACACCCGAGAAAAAGAAACCCUCCGCAGCAUCUUCACCUCAAAAACCACCUCCUCUUGUACGAAAAUUAAUGGCAGCUAUGAAGACUAAAGAUAGUAACAGAAAUGAAUAUAAGAAAAUUCUAGAAAAAGUUGUUAUACACUUAUCAGCUCAACAGAGAGAAAAGUUGCCUCCCGAUGUGAAAGACAUUGUCCUGAAAGCUUUUCAAAGUCACGAGGAAAGGAAAAAGCUGAAGGCAAUGACUGCAGAACAACGUGAGGAAUAUCUACAAAAGAAAAGAGAAGAAUCCAAGAAAAAACAAGCUGAAGAUCGAAGAGCAAGACAGGAAGCAAUCAGGAAGAAGAAACGAGAACUUUCAAGGCGUUAUGAAGAUCAAGAUCUGGAUCAAAAGUCUCUUCCAGUUCCAAAAUUGAUUUCACAUCCAAAGGUUUUACCGGUAGAAGCAUUUGGUGAUGUUGCUAUGGUUACAGAAUUCAUUAACUGUUUUGCCGGUUUAUUAAUGCCACAAGGAGAGCAGGUCUAUUAUUCAGAUACAUUAAUGAAAGCCCUUGUUGAUAAGGAGAAAGGUUCUUCAUUUAUUGCGGAAAUACUUGUUAUAUUGUUGCAAACAUUAUUGCAAGAUGAAAUAUCUGAGGAUUAUGCUGAAUUGAAAACCUCACUUUCUGAUAUCCCUGUGAAUCACUAUACUGCCACUGAACUCGUCCGUCUUGCUCUGAGGAAAAUUGAUACAGAUGUCGCCGAAGAAACACAGAGUGAUGACAGCUCAACUAGUGAAGUAGAAGAAGAGUUAGAAUUAAAUGAAGAAUUGAUAGAUAUGUUGGAAAAUCAUGAAUUAAAUGAUCUAGAACCUGCUCAAAAACUUCAGAUUUUGAAAGGAUUGUGUCUUCGUAUUAUGGGUACUUACUCUGUGCAAGACUUCAUGGAACAGAAACAGGCCGAAGCCUCAGAUCUUUGGCGUAGAAGACUGUUUUCUCUGAAAGAAAAGAAGCAACAAAGAUUUCUUGCAAAUGCAAACAAAAUAACAUUGAAAGAAGACCAGUCAGAUUCUAAGGAAAAUGAUCCGAAAAAUGGGAAUGUAAAGACAGAACCCAGAAAUAUAAAGGCUAGUGGUGAGUCGGGUUUAACCAUCAGAGAUUUUUAUGGCAAUAAAGUUGCUGAAGAAGAGGAGGCGGCGGCUAACUUUUCAGAUGACGGCUUAGCAUCGGUUGUUAAACGACGGCAACGGAGAGCUGCUGUUGUUGCAAAAGAGAAAGAAAAACGAGAUAAGGAGGAACGCGAAAGACGAGAGAAAGAAUAUGCUGUACUUCGCAAGAUAAAAGAGGAAGAAGCAUUUGAGAAGGAAUUUAAUGAUGGAAUAGCUUUUGCUAAGCUUGUUCUGCGCCUAUCUCCAAUUGGAACGGACCGAAAUCAUAGCCGAUAUUGGGUAUUUUCUCGAUGCACCCCAGGUCUUUAUGUUGAAAAAGGCUGGAUUUCUGAUGAAAUUGCAUUCAGUUUCAAAAAUGAGUCUGAUGACAGUUCUUGUAGCUCCGAUGAUGAAGUCCUUUCAAAUUCACAAAACUUACAUUAUAACAACAAACCGGUUGAAACGAGCGUUCCUGAACCUGGCCAAAACACCUGGUCUGUUUAUGAAACAGAAGAAGAGUUUGAUAGUUUUAUAGCCAGCCUUCACCCACAAGGAAUCAGGGAAAGUGCUCUCAAAUCAGAACUUUUAAAACGCCGUGAUGAUAUUGUAAAAAAUAUGAAUGCAACAAAGAAAAGUACGUCCAAAGAUGUCACUGUUAAAAAGACUGAAGAAGAGGAGAGUGAUAACCCUCUCGAUCUGAAAGAGGCUUUCAAAAGAGAGCUUCGAGAAACUGAAACCCGUCUACGUAAUGGAGGACUUGGUGGUGUGUUUGAUCAGGAAGAAUGGGAAAAGAAAAUUGAAACAUCUCUAACUAUAUCGGACAUGGGUAACUGUAUGUUAGACACCCAGAGUUAUGUUUUAGAACGGUUCUUGCAAGGAAUUAUGGGAAAAUCUAAAUCAAAAAGUUCUGAGUCUGAAAAGAAAGAAGAAAAUACUGAUUCUUCUGUCAAAGAGGAGGAAGACAAAGAACUGAUAAAUAUGGGUCUCUUAAAAUGGAAAGAAGCUGUAGAAAACUCGAAAACAUAUUCACGCCUACAUGUUUUACUUGGAAUUUUGGAUGCCUGCAUCAAAUGGGAGAAGUCCGCUGAGAAUGCUAAAUGUAAAAUUUGCCGGAAGAAAGGAGUUGGUGAACAGUUGAUACUGUGUGAUGAUUGUAACCAGGCAUUUCAUUUAUACUGCCUUCGUCCUGCUCUUCCCUGGAUACCCGAGGGUGACUGGUAUUGUCCUGCAUGUCUGCCUCAGUCAGAACGUAGGAGUCGAAGAACUGCUUCCAGGAAGAAAUAUGGUGAAGAUUCAGAUGAUGAGAAGGGAGACAGUGAUGACGGCGAUACUGACGGAAACGAUUUAUCAGAGAAGGAACAUUAUGAAAAUUGUGUUGUGUGUGAUGGCCAAGAUGACUUAAUUCAGUGUUCACAGUGUCCUGAUGUCUACCAUAUAGAAUGCCACGAUCCACCUUUAAGACAUCCACCCAGGGGACAAUGGAUUUGUACUCAAUGUAAAAGUGGUGGCCGAAGAUCAAAAUCACGACGAGCUGUUGCCAAACAAAGACAAGAGAGGGCUCAACGACGUAAGAAGUACAUGAAAGAGUCUGAGGAAGAGGAAGAAGAGGAGGAGGAAGAAGAAGAAGAAGAGGAGGAGGAGGAAGAAGAAGAAGAGGAAGAAGAAUCAGAAGAAGACAUUCCUAAAAGUUCAAAAUCCAAGAAAAAAGUACAGCUCAGAACAUAUUCUAAAAGAAAACCGAGAGUGAAGAAAAACUAUAAGGAAGAGUCUGAAGAGGAGGAGGAGGAGGAAGAAGAAGAAGAAGAGGAGGAAGAAGAGGCAGAGGAGGAGGAGGAAGAAGCAGAAGAGGAAGAAGAAGAAGAGGGUGAAGAGGAGGAAGCUUUAAAUUCUGACGAGGAAUAUGUGUCUGCUGUGGUUGCUCAAUGUCAAGAAGACGAGAAAGCCAGUGUAUCUACUCAAACGUCAUAUCGACGAGGUACCAGCAAGGAAUCUUCCCGACAGGCAGGGACACAGACUGCUACUACAGAACCUUAUUCUUCCAGGAAACGACGACGGAACACCGAGUUGUCUAUUUGUGAAGCAAUUUUAAUUCGGUUGAUAAUAAACAAGAGCAGUUGGCCAUUCAGACUUCCCGUUGAUGAACGACAGGUCCCUGAUUAUUACGAAUUAAUUGCCAACCCAAUUGACCUUCGAACGAUAAAACAUAAAGUUGUGGAUGCAGAAUAUAAAUACACUGAAAAUUUUGUUGAAGAUCUAUCACUCAUGUUCCGAAAUUGUGCCAUUUAUAAUUCAGUCGACAGUGAAGUUUACCGAUGCAUGGUUCUGCUGGAAAAACAGUUCAUCAAUCUUUUAUCGAAAUUCCUGCCCCAAUACCCAUACAGCCGAAAGAAAAGUACAAAUGGAUAUACUGACCAAGCAUACACCUGUUAUGGUACACGAAAAAGGGGCCAUUGUAUAUGAAAAGAAAGAAAGAAAGAAAAAAUAUUCAAAAAAAUCAACUCUGAAGUAAAUAAUAAUAAUUAAAAAAAAUGG